AUGUAUCCAGCUGCUUCUUUCUCUGCUUCAACUUGUGCAUGGUGUUCUCAGCAAACAUCUCGUGACGGAUUAAAAAAGUUUUGUACACAUAGAGUUUGUAAACAAUGUAUUAUUAUCGAUAAACUAUGUCAAUCGGAUUGCCCAAUGUGCUGGUAUAUAAAUGGAGCACAAUUUAUACGUGAUAAUAAAAUCUGUUCUGGUCCAGUUCUGUCACAAGGGCAUAAAACUAAGUCGUCAACAAAGGAAGAGAUCGGUGAUUGUAUGAUAUGUCUGGAACAGUUGGGCUCAUCAUAUCAUAAACUUGAAGUAUGUGGUCAUGUUUUUCAUAAAGUCUGUAUUGAUCAGUGGUUUCAAUCUAAUGGAAAACAAUCUUGUCCAAGUUGUGGAUAUGUCUAUGGUAUAAGUAAAGGUCCUCAACCACCUAAUGGUCGCAUGAUAGUUAAAUACAUAAACAAACCAUUACCUGGAUUUGAAAAUGAAAAUUAUGGAUCUGAUCAACCAACUAUUGAAAUAAUUUAUACAUUUAAAGCUGGUCUUCAAGGUCCUCUUAAUCCAAAUCCUGGUAAACCCUACUCUGGAACAACACGUAACGCUUAUUUACCAAAUAAUGAAGAAGGAAAAGAAGUAUUGCGUUUAUUACGAAAAGCAUUUGACGAUCAACAUAUAUUUACUAUUGGAAGAUCAACAACCAGUGGUCAAGAUAACGUUAUUACAUGGAAUGAUAUUCAUCAUAAAACAAGUAUUCACGGUGGACCUGAACGUUUUGCUUAUCCAGAUCCGACCUAUUUAUUUCGGGUUCGACAAGAACUUGCUGACAAAGGAUAUAAAUAA